AUGGUUUGUUUAUCUAUAGAAGAAAAAGAUAUCUUUUAUAUUCACGAGCCUAUUCCUACUAGGAGCGGUUAUGAAGCUCUGGAAGUUACUUUGCAUACAUCAGAUACAACAAAUCAACAAGCUUUUUUAGAUCUUUCAGAGGAAACAGAACAAAUAAUACGAUCAGCUAUGAAACAUCUUGAUAUAUUUGGUGAACGUAUAGAAAUGGCGAAAUUGUUGCUUCCUAAAUGUGAUUUUAUACAAACUAUAAGCUCAGAUCAAACUAUGAAUAUUACAACAAAUAAUUUGAAAUUUACGAGUCAACUAGUAAAAGAUAUAUUAAAGUUAAGAGAUGAUAUACGGGAAAUGAAAAGGCAUUUUAUAUUUUUAAAGAAACCUCAUUCAAUAUUGUAUUUAAAACAAAAAUCUAAAAUAUUAAAAAAAAAAAAUAAUAUAACCAUUUCUUUAAAUGGUGCUAAAAAAAAUCUUGAAAAAGAGAAAUCCUCAAAAGAAGGAUUCAAAAUAUUUGAAAAACAAUUAAUGGCACGGUUUCCUAGAUUAUAUUCAGAAUUAUCUAUUUCACAAAUAGAAACAUCAAAUUUGAUUAAUUUGGAAAAAACAGAUUCAGACUUUAGUAAUUCCGCAUUAGCUACUGCAGGUCACUGUAAAAUAAAUGAUGCAUUAUUUUUUGACAAUAAAAUAUUAGACACUGGAAUUUCUUAUGAGUUUAUACAAUAAUUUUAUCGAGAAUUAAAUUGAGACAUCUUUUAAAAACGGAAAUAAACUUUUAUCGUUUUUUUUGAUGCGAAUAAUGAUAUUAAGAAUAUAGACACAUGCUUUUUUUAUGUAGGUCCUGAAUUUAUUGGAAGAUUAUUCGAAACUAUAAAAAAAUUAAACAUUGAUUUUUCAUUAAAUAAGAAUUUAUAUAACGUUGAUAAAAAUUAAAAUAGUAAACUUAAAACUAAAACG